AUGCUCCGCACCUUGCAAUCGAUCUCGCGCAAAGUCGACUCGCUCGGCGUCGAGUCCAGAGGCAUCGAGCGCUGUUUGCCCGACGAACGGUCCACGUCCAAAUGGGUGCUCCUAUCCAUUGCUGGGCUGUGGAACUCGGGCUGUGGAGGACUCACCUCCAUGUCCUCCUUCUUCCUCGGCCCGUUGCUGUUUGGGCUAGGAUACAAGGACUCCAUGGUUGUUGGGUUGCUUGGAAUGCUACUUGGGUGCUUGCUCCCCGCCUACGCGGCCACUUUGGGCCCCAGAUCCGGCCUCAGACAACUGUGUCUGGUGCGCUAUCUGUUUGGCCGUUUUGCUAUCAAGGUGGUGUGUCUGAUCUCGGUGAUCGGUCUUGGCGGGUGGACAGUCACAAACUCUGUGAUUGGAGGCCAAAUCUUGCUCUCAAUGAGCAACGGCAGGGUGCCCAUCGAGAUUGGGAUCCUUAUUAUCAGUCUGCUCAGCGUCGUGGUGUCCAUUUUUGGGAUCCGGCUAGUGCUCAAGCUUGAGACGGUGGUCGGCGUUGUGGUGAUCAUCACAGUCGUUCUAAUGUACCCAAUGACCCGCCACGACAUCACGCAAUUCCAUGAAAAUGUCUCUGUUGGCGAUGGACUCACGGUUAUUGGCAACCGGCUCUGUUUCUUCACGCUGUGCUACUCUGUGACGGCCACCUGGGCGGGCAUUGCGUCGGACUACUACAUUCUGCUACCUGAGACAUUUAGCCAGAAAAAAGUGUUCUUUUUCACGCUGUUUUCGAUCGCCGUCCCAACCACCGUGGGAGCUGUCAUUGGACUGCUUAUCGGCAACGCUGCCGUCUCAAAGCCGACAUGGGCCGCAGCCUACGAAACGUCCUCACUCGGCGGCCUGCUGAACCUCGUUUUCGGCGCGUGGGGCGGGUUUGGCAAGUUUCUGCUCAUUCUGCUUUGGCUCUCGCUCAUGACCAACAAUAUCAUCAAUCUAUACUCGUCCGCGCUGAUCAUCCAGAUCGUCGAUCCGUGGGUGUACCGUAACAUCCCGCGCUGGUUUAUGGUGCUCGUGGUGUUCGCCGUGACGUUGGUGCUCGCGAUGGCCGGCAGAGACAAGCUGAGCACGAUCCUGUCGAACUUCCUGCCCAUGCUGGGCUAUUGGAUCACGAUCUACUUUGUGAUCCUUGUGGAGGAGAACGUGAUCUUUCGUUCCACCAAGCUGGUCAAUCUGUUCAGAUUCGAGUUUUCUGAGGAUGAAAUAGCCGAUGAGGUUGAGUCAAAGGAAAUGGCCUGUGAAGCAACGGUUUCUCAGAAAUAUGGCCAAAAACCCUGCUACAACUUUGCAGCGUGGGACUCCGCCAGCUGCCAGACGUACGGGAUAGCUGCGUCGCUGGCCUUCUGCGUGGGGGCCGCGGGCGCGGUUCUUGGGAUGGACCAGGUGUACUAUAUCGGUGUGCUGGCACGCAAAAUCGGGGACCAUGGCGGCGACAUCGGCACGUGGCUGAUCGUCGCGUUCACAGGGCUCUCAUACCCUGUCCUCAGGUACGCAGAGCUGCGUAUUUUCGGCAAAUAG